GGGGUAGUUUGCGCACGCGGACGUGUCCCCUGGGACUCUAGGGCGGGUGAACCCCAGGCAGCUCUGGUAGGUUUGGCGGGCGCGGGUUUGCGCUGAUCUGGGGCGAGCUUGUGUGUUACAUCACCGUUGCAUCUCUCUUUGCUUGCUUAAGUUGCCACCACUUAGGCCUCUAUUACAGAAAUCACCAUAUACUCAUAAGGGCCGCGGAAUCGUGACGACCUUGGUGACUGACUUUCAAACUUCGGCAGAGCUGCGUGGAUGGGUUGGACGCAGACGUAGAUUGUGGGGAAUUGCACUUUCUACAGCUUUGCAGCAACUCUUUGGGCCCUUUAGUUUCUCAGAGCAGGCUUCCCCAGCCUCGACUGGAAACGGAGGGGCAAAAACUCCGAACAGCAAUUAUUCUGUCGUAAAGUGAUUAGAGGUAGUUUUCCUGUGAGGCUUCCAGAGGAGCAAGAAUAGUGACAUGAUUCUGCCCGCGGUGCUGUAGAAAUUGGCCCUCUCUCUUCCUUUCACAGUCGUGGCCUGUUAACGUUCCUGUUUUGCUUAAGUGCCAAAAUGAGUGACCGCUAUUUAGAACAAAGAAUUAGCAUCAAAUUUUGCGUAAAAUUGAACAAGUCUGCAAGUGAGACUCACCACCUUUUAAAAGAAGCUUAUGGGGAUGAAGUCAUGUCAAGGGCCAGAGUUUUUGACUGGCACAAAAGGUUUAAAGAAGGGCGGGAAGAUGUUCGAGAUGAUGCACGAAGUGGUCGUCCAGUCACCCACCGGACGGAUGAAAAUAUCCAGAAGGUCAAGGACUUGGUUUGUUCAAACAGGCAGUUAACGGUGAGGAUGAUGGCUGAAGAGUUGAAUUUAGAUAAAGAAACUGUUAGACUCAUUCUGAAAGAAAACUUGAACAUGAGGAAAGUGUCUGCAAAAGUUAUAUCGGGUAUUUUGAAGGAUGAGCCUAAACCUCGAAAACUUGAUUUUCAGCCUGAUCUUUCAAAGGAAACUAGGAAAAAUAGCUCAUCUGUGAGGAAAAAGGUAACAAGUUGUGAAACAUGGAGUCAUCUCCAAAGCGAAGCUGGUGGAGAAAUGCCUCUGCCAGUAUCGCAUCCCAGAAUCCACUACCCUGCCAGCCAGCUUCUGCAGGCUUCAUCUUCAGUGAGUCUUCCCACCAGGGUAGCUCAGGAUUGGUUCACACCAUGGUGAAAGGAAUGUGAGGUGGUUGAACCUGAGCUAGGAAGCUGCCUCCACAUUAAGCACCUUCAUUUGUUGCUCAUCUAUUUUAUCUUCUCUACCACCUCUCCCUAUGUGUCAUUGUCUACCUAGUUAUUACUCUUUGCUGGACUACUGGACCAUUUCCCUUGUUCCCCAGAACUUUGAAGAACUUUUGGCGAUUGACUUCUGGUACUUGUGUGUUCUUGAUUUCUUUUGCUUAACAAGUUUGGAUCUCUUUACUGCCUAGACCUCAGCUUGCUGUGGCCAUCCUGUUCCUUGGUUCUCAACAUUCUGCCUUAGGGGAUCAUGCCAGUGAGAGGUGGAGAUGGGACACCUGGAUGUGUAUCUGCCCAGGGAGGCGUGCUCUUCUAGGAAGACCACAAAGAAAGUCUACAAUUCCAGCCUGCUUUGCAGUCAGGGCCUGAGUCCUAUGAACAGGGCUGGAGUGACCCUGCCAGAGAUGCUGGACCAAGACUUGUGCUGGAAUGUAGGGUACCGGAAGCAGUGUUGGCCCAGACAGAUUUUGGACCUAGAGUAAUGGAAGCAGGUAAUCAGGAGAGUGAAUUCAAAUUGUCCCAAGUGGCUAUAACAAAUAGGACUUGAUUUAUUACCUUAGAUCAUCCGCUGAAUAGUAGUCAGGUUGAACUACUACCAGAACCCAUUAGUUCAUUUGCAAGACUUCCCAGAAAAUAUCCAAUGAGAUAAACUCUAGGGUACCUCAGAUUUGAGGAAAGAAAAAUUACUGCCCCAAGACUCAUACAGAGAAACCAUUCUCACAUGGCUGCUCAGAACCACUAAAUCCAAGGCUAGAAUAUGAUUUCCUAGGAGUAUCCUAAGCAGGAGAGUUCUCAUAUAAAAUUACCUCUUAUGUACCCACCCACAGGAAUUUUGCCCAGGCCUGUCCAUUGCUAAAAGGAACCCUGGUGGUGCAGUGGUUAAAGUGCUUGGCUGGUAACAAA